ACUCACAUUAGAAAUAACAAAAAUAAUUCAAAUGCUAAAUAGCAAAAAUUACAAAAAUGUCAUAUUGCUGGCUAUAUUUAUAAUACCGGUGCUUGGACUACCGGGAAAUAAUAUAGUUAAUAAAUAUUUUUUGGAAAAACAAAAAUUUUUAUUUGAAAUUGUGCACAACCUGCAGGAACCUUUGCAAAAUGAGGAGUGGAUUAAUAUGGGCAAAACGUUGGCAAUGGAUAAAGCACUUUAUUUAGAUUUCAAUCCUUUAAUGGAGAAAUUUGCUAUAAAAGCAAACACAAGUUGUCUGCUGUCUCAAGAUGACAUAUUCUAUUUAACGAACAAAGACCAAUUGGAGGAAUUAAAGGGCUUAUAUUACUUUCUUUAUAAUGCUCAAAAUUUUGAGACUUUAAGACAGAACAUAUGCUGGGCCAGAACUCAUGUGCAAGCACAAAUGUUUGUUUUCGCUUUGACACAAUCACUAAUGAAAAGAGAGGAUUUUAAGGAUCUAAAUUUGCCGAAAAUUUAUGAAAUCUGGCCACAACAUUUCUUUGCUGAUAAAUACACCAGAAACUUGCAGCAUUUUAAUUAUGUUCAAUGGAGCAGGGUGGAAAUGUUUAAAGACUAUACUAAUACAACUUACAAACAUUCAUGUAAAAUGGGCCAGUGGUGGUGCGAGCAGAAUUUAGAAUAUAAAAUCUAUCAGGAAAGGGAACGCAUGAUAUUGCCAAAAAAUAUUUAUGGUGACUUGCGCAAUUCCAGCAAAUGGUUACAGGCCUUGGAAGAGGUGGCCUUGUAUUGGUUGCCUGUAGAUUUCAGCAGAGAGGUGGCUGGAAUAAAAGACUUGGCUAAAAGAUCAAAUACAUAUUUACAAGAGGACAAGGCCUGGAAUGCCUACUGGUAUUAUACAAAUAUGGGUUUAUGGCAAAAUGAACGAGGACAAAAUGAUUUGUAUAGCAAAUCUCUAAGAGAUUGGUGGUUUUGGAAUUUACAGCAAAUUGUAGUGAGAUAUAAAAUGGAACAAACAUCUUCCGAAACAAAAACUGCGCUAGAGCCUUAUUUAAUAAAUUUUCAAAACCUAAAAUAUCAAGCCAUAAAUAAUAAAAAUUCUCUGGGAAUUUGGAGUUUUAUAAAUGAUUUAUUUAGCAAAACUGAAAAGGCUUUAUAUGAACAAACCUAUGAACUAAAAAAUGACACCAGACUACAAUUAAACAAUCCCGAACAUUUGGAAUAUUUCCUUAAUGAAAACUUUGCCAUAGACAAAAUAAUGUCGGCUUUGAUGACUCCAACAAACAGAGAAAAUAAACCUACAGUUAUGCAAUAUUAUGAAACCAUGUUGAGAUCCCAUGAAUUUUAUCAAUAUGCUGAAAUCAUUAACCAACUUUACAAGUCUGUGAAAACAAACUUUCAUCCAUAUAAACCACAAGAAUUGCAAAGUGCAGGCGUUAGCCUUAAUGAUGUAGAGAUCACAGAAUUAAAAACCUAUUUUGAAAUUAUCGAUACAGAUGUAACAAAUCUAUUGCGGUCAGCCAAUAGUUAUUUUGAGGGCAAAUUAUUAUGGUUUAAGACAUUAAUGGCCAGACAACAGAAUCUGCAGCAUCAACCGUUUAAAUUCUUAUUUAAUAUCACUUCCGAUAAACCGCAAGCGGUGCUAGUGAGAACAUUUUUGGCUCUAGACUGUUCUGCAUCAAAAGUGCCUUGUUCCUCUUCAGCAGAAAUGUUUCAAUUGGAUACAUUUGUUAGCAGUUUAGCUGUCGGUUACAAUACCAUUGAGCGUGAGUCCAAAGAUUUCUAUGGUUUUAUGCUGCCCUCCCUCACCUAUUCUGAAUUGUAUCAUUUCACCCAGUUGGCCUUGAAUGAAGAAUAUCAGUACCCCUUUAAUAUUACUAUGGGAAAUUGUAGAUUUCCCCAUCAUUUAAUGCUGCCUAAGGGCAGGGAAGUCAAAGGUUUACCGGUUAAAUUUAUAUUCGUAGUGUCCGCCUAUAAUUAUCGUUUUCAUAAGGGUUUCAAUUUGGAUUGUGAUUUUAGCAGUGGCAUAUUGGCUUUUGAUGAUUUACCGCCGGGAUUUCCUUUCGAUCGUGAAGUAUCGGAGAGUAUCUUUAUGAAUGAUAAUGUUUUGGUUAAGAAUAUGAGAAUCUAUCAUGAUGAGAAUUUAAGAUUUAGAUGAAUAACAAAAUGGGUAUUGUACAAUAAAGUUUAAAAUGGUUGUAA